UUUUCUUUGUUUAUAUGAAAAAAUGAGAUUUUAUUAUAUUCUCUUUGCUACACUCAUAAUAUUCCAAGCAUUCCAUGGUAUCGAAUCACAAUUAUUAAGUAGCGUUACUCAUGCCAUAGAUCAUAUAACGGGAGCAGGAGAUAAAUCAGCUUCAGAUACAUCCUCAUCUCCAGCCUCUUCAAAGGAAGUAUCGCCUGCUCCUUCUAAACCAUCUUCUACUGCUGCUGCUCCUCCAGCUACAACGUCACAAGCUCCCCCACCCACAACUCAUCAUGCUGUAACAACAACCGCACCACCACCACCACCGCCUCCUCCUCCACCACCACCCCCAAGCACUACUGAAAAGGCUGCAGUAGCACCUACCACAACACAAAAGCCAGCUGAUCCAACUACAGAUUCCUCAACACCACCUCCACCUCCUCCUCCAGCACCUCCUGCUACUACAGAUUCACCUACGGCACAUACUACACCUAAUACGCCAGUCCUACCUAAUACACCUGCAUCGGCCACUUCAUCAGGAGGCUCUAAUAAAUCAAACAAAUCGACCACAGGAAACAAGGCUACCACUACCAAAUCUACAGAUGAUUCCGAUACAGACUCGGACGAUGAACCUGCCGCGCCUACUGUCAUUGGAGGUGUGACUCGAGCUGCUGCACCCUCUAACAACAAUUCAUCUGGAAAUAAGACGGGUACAAUUGUUGGUGCAGUAGUUGGUAGUAUUUGUAAGUACACCAUGUAA